AUGAACGUCUUAGAAGAUUCUCCCCUAGAAGCUCUAGCUUUUAACUACCUGAGCUUUGAUUUCUUCAACAAUCUAUGGACAUGGCUCGCCGUUAUCUUCUGGAGGAUCCGAACACCAAACCCCGAAUUACUACCUCCUUCUAACCACGACACUCCAUCCAACAAAACCGACAAGGUUCCGGAGCUGUUGGAGCCUUGUCAUGAUAAUCAUAAUGUUCUGGCUCGUGUUCACAGUAACGGCGUAGUUAACGACGUUGACGGGGUGACAAAGGGAAAGAUGAAGGUUACCUCGUACUAUUACGAGGAUGAUGUCAUUAACACAAAAUGCGACGAGACGUUAACCUUAACGGUGGAAUUAUGGGAAGAGAGAGAAAAAAGAUUGGAGUGGUGGGAGAAGUUGUUGAAGACGAGAACGGGAGAAAGUGAGAAUGGAUGGUACACGUGUCAGGAUUUAACGGCGCUUAACGGCAACGUUGUUAGGUUUUGGGAAGAAUCUAAUAACAGCUUCAGCUAUGUUCCUCCUCUAUAG